UGGACCAGAUAAAAUGGUAAUAGACCUCACAGAUCCAAAUCGCCCCCGGUUCACAUUACAGGAGCUGCGAGAUGUAUUGCAAGAGCGUAACCAGCUGAAAGCUCAGCUUCUUGUGGUGCAAGAGGAGCUACAGUGCUAUAAGAGCGGGAUCAUCUCACAGAGAAGGGACCAAACUGAAGAACGGGAAAAAGAGGGCAGUGGCAGCAGCCCUGGCAUCAGCAAGGACAGCGAGGAGAAGACAAUCAUCAAACGGCUGUUCUCUUUUAAACAUGGAAAAUGAGCAUCCUUGAGAACUUAACCACUUCUGUUCAGAAAUGGCACUGAUGAGAGCUCCUAAAGCGUCAGGGGAGCCAAUGAUUGGAAGAAAAAGCAUCACUCCUACUGUAGAGAAUAAGCAAUCUCAUAAAAAUUGUGUUGU